AUGCAGGGCUUCAAUAUGGGACGAUAUGUCCCACCGGACCAAGAAGGCAUCACCUCCGCGAAUAAACUGGCCGGCAAGCACCCUCUCGGUGCCCGCGCCCGACACCUCCACACGACCGGCGCCCUGAUCGUUCGAUUCGAGAUGCCAUUCGCAGUAUGGUGCACAACCUGCAAGCCGAAUGAGACUAUAAUCGGACAAGGCGUUCGCUUCAAUGCGGAGAAAAAAAAGGUCGGGAACUACCAUUCGACGCCGGUGUACAGCUUUCGCAUGAAACACACAGUAUGCGGUGGGUGGAUUGAGAUUCGGACCGAUCCGCAACACACCGCAUAUGUGGUUGUGGAAGGUGGGAGGAAGCGUGAUACCGGCGAUGAUAAAGAGGCACAACCUGGGGAGAUUGUUAUUCGGCCAUGGGGUUUGGGCGAGCAGGACCCUGCUGAGAAAGAUCCGUUUGCCAAGCUUGAAGGGAAGGUAGAGGAUAAGCAACGGGCGCAGACUGAGUCGAGACGGAUAUUGGAGUUGCAGGAGCGCCAAAAUAGAGAUUGGGAGGAUCCUUAUGAGAAAUCGAGACGAUUGCGGCGCUCAUUCCGGACUGAACGAAAGGGUCUUGAAAAGGCGGCGGCGAAUCGAGAGGCGCUGCAGGAUAAAAUGAGUCUGGGGAUUGAACUUGUUGAUGAAACUGAAGAAGAUCGCCAACGGGCUGGAUUGGUUGAUUUUGGUGAUGACCAGUCUGCUAUCGGGACUGAUGCUUUUCGAGCUACAAGAACCCGCCCUAUGUUUGAGGCAUCUGUUCCCGAAACACCCUCCGGGGCAAAAUCGCAGAAAACAAAACGCAGCUUCAGGGAAACAAAGGCUGAUAAAUUGGCUGCACGGCACAAAGCGUCCCUACGCCAUGAGUUAACUGGAAAUACGCGUGCUGUCGUGGAUCCCUUUCUGAAGGAUGUUAGUGCGAGUGAAGACAUCUGGAAACCGGGUAUUAAGAGGAGAAAGACCGCGAGCAACACUCCCGGCUCUCAAAAAAUGACACACUUCGUUUCUAAACCCGAGGAAGGUGACCAUACGCCAAAGUCUGAGACUGGUUCAGUCACACCCGAGACCGACUCGCCAAGCGUGGACGUUGACAGGGAUGCUCUAUCUAAGACAUCACUUCCAAUACUUGUUGGAUACACUUCUGACUCGGAAUGA